CAAACACCCACCAAUUCAAGACGAUGAGGUGGUGUUUUUCCUUUAUCUUUGUCCUUGUCCUUGUUGUUCUUCACUUGGAUGGGUUAGCCAGGAGCCGAGCACUUGCGACCCCAAAGACAGCAUCGCCAAAGGUGUCGUCUCCUCAAGAUUUACUCUCUUUCACUCACUAUCUCAACACAUGCCCCGAUGUUGAAGGCAUCAUCCAAAACAAGGUUAGGGCUUGGGUUAAGAAGGAUUACACCUUGGCUGCUAGCAUUAUCCGCUUGCACUUCCAUGAUUGUGCCGUUAGGGGAUGCGAUGCAUCGAUUUUGCUAAAUCAUGCAGGAAGUGAGAGGAGGGCUGAGGCCAGCAAGACACUGAGGGGAUUCCAGGUGAUAGAGGAGAUCAAAGCAGAGGUUGAGAAGAGGUGUCCCGGAAGAGUCUCGUGUGCUGACAUUCUCACAGCUGCUGCAAGAGAUGCCACCGUCCUCAUUGGAGGUCCAUUCUGGGAAGUCCCUUUCGGGAGGAAAGAUGGGAAGGUCUCCAUUGCCAGAGAAGCCAACAGGGUUCCUCAGGGCCACGAAAACGUCACCGACUUGAUCCAAUUCUUCCAAGCUCGAGGCUUGAACAUACUCGAUCUGGUCAUCCUCUCAGGCUCACACACCAUUGGCAGGAGCACCUGCCAUUCCAUUCAACACAGGCUCUCCAACUUUAAUGGGACAUACAAGCCCGAUCCCUCACUCAAUGCCACAUACCUGAGGGUGCUGAAGGGGAAAUGUGGGAGGAGGUACAACUACGUGGAUCUAGAUGGUACAACUCCGAGGAAAUUCGAUACAGAAUACUACAAGAAUCUUGGGAAGAAGAUGGCGUUGCUCUCGACGGAUCAAGGGCUGUAUAGGGAUUCAAGAACUUCACCGAUUGUUGAGGCAUUGGCAACUCAGCCGGAGCUUUUCACGAACCAGUUUGCAGUGUCGAUGGUGAAGCUGGGCAAUAUCCAAGUUCUUACCGGGAAGAAAGAUGGAGAAAUAAGAGGGAACUGCAAUUUUGUUAAUCCUUACUGAUCAUGGGGUCUUAUAUAUUGGGACGUCAUUUGUUUUUUAUCCAGGCAGGGCCACGCAGGGGCAUCACAGAGUGGCCUCCUCAGGAUUCGAACUUGGGUCCUGUAGGCCUUAAGGCUUAAGACGUUGCCCU